CCGAACGAAUGAGAGAGCGAGAGAAUGGCAGUUGUCAAAUGUGCUGUAUGUAUUAGAGCCGUUGUUUUUUUUUUUUACUGACAAACAACAUAUAAAAAUUGUUUUUUUUUUCGCUAUAAAUAGCCGAAUCGAAAAUGUAUUUAAAUUUUACGCAGUUGAUUCUAUUUUAUAGUUGUACAUUAAUUACGCAUUUUAUAUUAAAAUGUAUGUAAAUAUCGUCAAUUGGUAGCCUUUUCAAGUGUGUGCGUCAUUUGUGGCCAACUUCAUGUUUGUUGUCAAUCAAAAUACACUCAUUUUCUGCUGUUCUGUUUUGUUAGCUAAUUCACAUCUUCGACCAAUUCAACACAAGUCAUAUUUUCAGUGUCAUGUAUUAACUUCGGAUGAAAAUGAUUAAAAUGCGCUUUAAGUUAAAUCAAAAUUCAACCGUGUAACCGUGCGAAAUUUUCACAAAAUCGUGUGAUUAAUUUAUAGUUGUUAGCAUCGACCUUGUUAUUUUCACCUUUUUUUUUCUUACAUUAACCUCUUUUUUUUUUGGUUACCAUACGAGAAUGUUACAAAAAUACCUAGUGUUUAUAAAUUACACCAAUCGACAGGUCAUGCUCCGUUGUUACCGAGAUUUUGAUAAACUCAUCACAAGACAAUCACUAUCCAAAUAUCAAUCGGCCGUGUUCAACCAAAGCAGGCGCCACCAAAAUGUAUGUUUAGCAAAUCGAAUUGAGUCACAUUUAAAUUCAAAUAGUUUUAAUUUAACGAAAUGGAGUGGAUCGAUCUUGCGAAGGAAUUAUUGCACAAAACCAGUGAAAAAAGUUGACCGUAGUUGGUCAUCGAUGCGGAAACAGCAUCAUGAAUCAAGGAAAGAAAUCAAACGGCUCUUUUCGUUGGCUAAAGAUGAAAAAUGGUAUCUGAUUGCCGCGGUUGGAUGUUUAGUUGUGUCAUCGGCUGUAACUUUGGGCGUACCUCGUUUCAUUGGAAAACUGAUGGACAUGAUUGUUAUGGAUAAUUUCCCAAGAGAAAAGUUACAUGCAUUUUGUUUGGUUCUAUUUGGAGUUUUCGUUAUGGGAGGUUUAGCUAAUUUUGGCCGAAUUUUUCUGAUGAACAGUGCAACACUUCGAAUCGUGAAAGAUCUUCGAUCACGUUUGUAUCGCACAAUGCUGAAUCAAGAGCCCAGUUGGUAUGAUACGAAGGGAACAGGUGAACUUGUGAACCGGCUUUCAAAUGACACAACGCUAGUGGGCAAUUCUCUCAGCCAAAAUUUGUCGGAUGGCUUGAGAUCAAUAAUAACUAUUGCGGCCGGGACUUCAAUGAUGGUAUACACAUCGCCACAACUGUCUCUUGUGGCUGUGUGUGUUGUACCAUUCAUUGGUGGCUUAGCGAUUCUGUUUGGAACAUACGUCAAAAAUAUCACAAAACUUCUCCUCGAUAAACUGGCCGAAGUGAUGAAGAUCGGAGAGGAGCGCUUAAACAACGUGAAAACGGUGAAAAUGUUCUGUAAAGAAGAACAAGAAAAUAGACUGUUCACUAAGGAAUUGGUGAAUGCCCUUGACUUGGGAUACAAGGAUAUUUAUGCGAGGGCUGCAUUUUAUGGCAUAGCAGGGCUAUCAGGGAAUGUGAUCAUUAUUUCGGUGCUUUAUUAUGGAGGAUCACUUGUUGCAUCAAAUGCACUAACGAUUGGCGAUUUAACGUCGUUUGUCUUCUAUGCUGGAUAUACCGGUAUGGCAAUGACAGGUUUAACGAGAUUUUAUACAGAACUAAAUAAAGGUGUUGGAGCUGCCGCUAGAAUUUGGGAAAUUUUCGAUAAGCCAAUUUCGAUACCUGUUGAUUCGGGCAUCAUUCCGAAGGAACCGAUUAAAGGUUCUAUUCAAUUGAAAGAUGUCUGUUUCACAUUUCCAUCACGGCCGAAAGUAAUGAUUUUGAAAAACGUCAACUUGAACAUUGAAUCAAAUACGGUGACAGCAAUUGUUGGCCGGAGUGGAAGCGGGAAAUCUACAAUUGCAUCACUUUUACUGCGAUUUUAUGAUCCUCAAUCGGGUGGCGUUUACUUGGACGGUGUGGACAUUAAGGAGUUGCAUUUAAAGUGGCUACGCAGUCAUAUUGCGGCGGUUAGUCAGGAGCCAGUCUUGUUCAGUGGGACAAUUCGUGAUAAUAUUUUGUACGGGUUGAAUUCGGACAAGGACGAGAAUUUAGCUAAUGAAGAUUUUGAUCGUGUCGUUCAACAAAGCUAUGUUGACGAUUUUGUCAAGACACUGCCGGAUGGCUAUAACACAUUGGUUGGACAACGAGGCUUGACUUUAUCGGGAGGACAAAGGCAGAGAGUAGCGAUAGCGAGGGCAUUGAUUCGAAAUCCGAAAAUACUGAUUCUCGAUGAAGCGACCAGUGCCUUGGACAGUGUAUCGGAGUUUGCUAUUCAGGAAUCAUUGCAGCACAUCUCGCAAGAUCGAACCGUUUUGACGAUAGCCCAUCGCCUGAGUACAAUUCGUAAUGCACAGAAAAUUAUCGUCGUGGGCGAUCAGAGAAUUUUAGAACAGGGUUCGUAUGACGAACUUAUGAACGACCGCACAAGCAUAUUCCGAGAUUUGGUCAAGCAGCAAACAUUUGAAACCGCACCAUCUAGCCAUGUGUUUUUAACUGAAUAAGAUAUGCAAUGAAACCACUAAAUAGAUAUAUGUAAAAAAAAAUGAAUUGAAUUGUUUUUAUGGAGAGAAAAGAAAAAUUAUGAAAAGAAUUGAUAUCUGGGUUGUUAAAUAUAUUCAUUUUCUUCGUUAACACUUAAUUUGUUUUUAGUGCAAUUCCAAACUUUUUAAACUUAGUGAAGGACAAAAAUUGAAGAAUAAAUGUAUAAAAACACUUUAUUUUCAUGUAA